GGAGCUGCCGGUGCCGCGACUGAGCAGGCGCACUGGAGCAGGAGCUGGAGCAGGCGCAGGCGUGUUGUGUCUCCCUGGGCGGACGAGCUGAGGUCCCGUCGCGGCCACUCCCGCUUUAAUGCCCCCUCCACUCGGCCUUUCAGACAAAACAAUCCAAGGAGACACAAGGAACUGCAGGUGCUGAAAUCUUGUCUAGAACCGCAAAGUGCCUGAGGAGCCCAGUGGGCCAAGCGGUCGUCUAUCCAUGUUCUCCCAAGAUGCUGCCUGAUCUGCUGAGUUACUCGUGCACUUUGUGCCCUACCCAGAAAAUUAUGAGGAACAGCCAGCUCUGCUGUCAGACUCCACCAUCAAUUACCAUCCGCAUGAAAUCUAUCAGUACAACGUUAAACCAGCAGAGGAAAGGGACAAAGCUGAAGCAAGCAUGUGCACAAAAAGCUCAGAGAAUGCAUGGAAAGAAUAUUCAUUUAAUUUCAAAGCCCAAACAUGCGAGAGGGCCUUGUCUCAUUAUUCAGCGCCAAGAAAUGGCAACUUUCUUCAAAUUAUUUGACGAUGACUUAAUCCAAGAUUUCCUGUGGAUGGAUUGCUGUUGUAAAGUCUCUGACAAGUAUCUUUUAGCCAUGACAUUUGUUUAUUUCAAGCGAGCUGGCUUUGAAAUAAGCGAACAAACUAGAAUGAAUUUCUUUGUUGCUUUAUAUUUAGCCAAUACCAUGGAAGAAGAUGAAGAGGAAUACAAGUAUGAAAUCUUUCCAUGGGCUCUUGGAAAGCGGUGGAAGAAACUGUUUCCAGAUUUCUUAAAAAGGAGAGACCAGCUUUGGGCAAACAUCAAUUAUAGGGCAGCUGUGAGCAAACGAUGUUGUGAGGAGGUGAUGGCUAUUGCUCCAUCUCAUUACAUCUGGCAACGAAUACGGCCACUACAUCAUAGUGGUGCCAUCAGAAGAUACACACAAAAUGAUGUCAAAAUACCCCGGGGGCCAUGUUGCACACGGGUUCAAUGUUCGCUCUGCACCCAGAAAGAGGAUUAUCUCAGCAGGCAUAUAUCAUCAUCCUCCUCUUGUGAAAGUCUAAUUGUAACUAAGAAGGAUUUACAUCCGAAACAGCAUUCACAUGACAUGGAUAUUAAUUGCUAUCCUGCAAUGGAUAAUCAAACCACACAAAACGGAGAAAGAAAAUACAACGCUGGUGGAAAGGACCGAUCCAUGGACUGGUUUAACGGAAAUGAGGAGUGAGAGUACUUCGAAAAUAAUAUUCGCUUCGCAGCCAUGGAAAUGUGCUGAUGCGAGGGAGAGUGAGCCUCCAUUUAAAGCCAGGUCCCUUCUACUGCAAGUAUACUGGAAUUGUAAAACUGAGUGCUUUACACUUCCUUGUUCAUAACCAGCAACUAAGGGACCAUUUCUUAAUAACCCAGUGACUCACAUCGCUGGUGGUGAUUUUUCAGUGUGCACCUUAAGAACCUCUGCUGGGAUAAAUUAAGACAUAACCCUGGGCAAAAUCCCUGCAUAAAAAUGAAUGGAGUUUUUAAAAAAACUCAUCAGGGAUUUUCAGAAUCAGUCAGUUACUAUCAGUGUAUAAGUGGUUAGAAUAUUCCGUUGCUGCAUUAAUUAUUACAACAAGGUUUGAUUUGGGUCUCACAUUUAUAAAUUUGAUUAACAUUUCUAUUUUUCCUUUUUGUUGGAAUGUUACUGUUUAUAGUCCUUAAUUAACUAUCUGUCCACUAGCAAACAUGUUUCUCUUUGUGGACAAUGAAACUAUUUUCUGGUCAUCCUCUGUUCAAAUAAUUUUCUAUUUUUGUCCUGCCUCCCUGUAAAUGUACAAUAUUUGUAAAAAUACUGCAAUGCAAAUAUGAGAAAGUACAAAAAAAUAAAAUUUUAUUUAUAGUUUUGUGUACAA